AUGUCGUUCAAGUUUCCAAAGGUGGAUUUAUCCACGUUGCAACAGUCGUUCCAGCAAACGACCCAGCAAUUGACAACAAGUUUCCAGGACAACUUGGUGAAUUUGGAGAAGGAGGUUUCGAGUCUCAAUUCGAACCUUUCUCCUAUUCUCAAGAGAACAACACGUUCGUUGCAGGAGAGAUUCGGCUCCAUUGACGAUAUUUCUGAACUUCCUCAAGAAUACAAAGAUUUGGAGAAGAGAGUUGAUAACCUCAAAGUGUUUUACAAGAAGCUAUUGAGCAUCACUCAACAGUAUGAGAUUGAGAGUUACGAUUACCCACCAAACUUGAAGGAGUCUAUCCAGGAUUACACCAAGUUGAUCAAUGAGAAAUUUGCUGGUCUUUCGCAGGCUACAACUACCUCAGAGGCAGAGGCUGUUUUGUUAGCCACUUCGAAAGAUCAAACGCCAAAGACGUUUGCACACCAAUUUGCCAAAGGAUGUACUGCUGCUCACGAUGAGUUUGUGAGCGGCGAAGACCACUCCUCGUCGCUGGCCAAGGCUCUGUUGAAGAUCAGCGAGUACCAGACGAGAAUCGGUGAUGAAAGAUUGGAGCAGGACAAGUUGGUGAUCACCGAGUUCAACGACAAGAUCCGUAAUGUGCUGCAAGGGGACUUCCAAAACACGCAAAAGCUCAGAAGACAAGUUGAGACAUCGAGACUGAACUUUGACACGGUCAGAGCUGAAGUGAAGGCAGUGCAACACGGCGACGAGUCUGUGGAACUUCCUGUUGCCAUCUCGAAGAAGCUCGAGACUGCCGAGGAUGAGCUUGUGAGUGCUACUGAGUCUGCUGUGGAGUCGAUGAAAUCUCUCAUCAAGCCGACCGAAGGUUUGAACUUGCUCAAGGUGUUGAUGAAGAUCCAGCUCAACUACCACAAGAACGUUGUUUCUGAGUUGUCGUCGUUGGUCGAUGAGCUUGAUACCCUACCUCAGGAUGAUGAUUAA